AUGCGCGAUCUUUUGUGCGCGAUCUUUGCAGCUGCCACCACCAAAAUCCACAGUGAUGCCCCAACCGAAGCAUUCUCAUUUCUCAUCCUUCAUUUUUGUGUUCUCUUCUGUCCUCGUCGGAAGGUACUUGUGUUGAUAGCCUUGCCAGGCUCCAUUCCAUUCAAUUUAAUUCCUGCAAGAGACAUGGCGUCGGAUAGAGUUACUUCAGAGGAAGCAGACGAUGCUGUCCUAACGAAAAGUGAGAGGAAGAAGCUCAAGAAGGAAAAGAAAAAACUCAAAAAGGAGAAGAAGAAAGCAGAAUCAUCCAAACCUGCCGAGGAGUCCUCUCAUCAUGAUCAGACGGAGGAAGAAAAGAAAGACGACGCUGGAGAUAAGGAUAAUAGUCGUGAUGCCAGAGUGGUAGAAGAAUCGGACCCCUCCCACACGGAAAAUGACACUGAGAAAAAGAAGAGAGAACGCAAGGAGAAGAAACGCAAACGAAAGGAGGAAAAGAAGAAGGCGAAAAAACGGCAGAAGAAAAAACAAGACCAAAAACAAGAUAGCUCUGAUUCAGAUAACGAAACGAGUUCAGACGAAAUGCCAUCCAAGCGAUUGCGAAAGAACGAUGAUACCCCAGAAGCGACAACAACAACGGCUGAUGACAAUGAUCAAAAAGACGACAAUGAUGCUGCACCGUCGGGCGACCCUCGCAUAGUGGAAUCUUUCGCAUUGGAUUAUGGUGGGGUAUCCGAAGAAGGUGGCAUUACGUUGAUGCUCUUUUAUCAGUACGUGGAACCCAUUUGGUCUUUAGAGAAGUAUCAGCAAGUCUUGAAGGACAUGGAAGAAUUGGGCAACUCACUCGAGCUCACGGGACGGAUGCGUGUGGCACGAGAAGGUCUCAAUUGUACACUGACCGCCAAUUCUCGAGAAGGCAUGUUGAAAUUCUGUCGAGCACUACGACAACAACCGGAAUUCAAAACCACCGAAUUCAAGUUGACCAACGAUCUUCCCAAAGCACAGAAAUUCCCACAACUCAAAGUCAUUGAGGUUAUCGAACUGGUACAUUACGGAUUGGAAGGAGAAAAGGCACCGCCCAUUCAAGAGUAUCGGGGAGUUCAUUUAGAACCCCAAGACUAUCACAAAAAGAUUGCCGAAAAGGAUACAGUCAUGAUUGAUGUGCGCAAUCAUUACGAGGCGAUUAUCGGACACUUCCAACCACCCAACAAGCGCGCCCUCCUCGAUCCACUCAUGAGAAAGUCGACAGAGUUCCCAGUUUGGUUGGACAAGCAAGAAACCAAGGAAAAGCUAAAGGGGAAACAGGUGCUCAUGUAUUGUACAGGUGGAAUCAGGUGCGAACGAGCCACGGCACUGCUCAAGUACAAGAUGGAAAAUGACCCUGAAAUCAAAGACUUGGGCAUUCAAGAGGUCUAUCAGCUCCAGGGUGGAAUCGACAAGUAUUUCAAAGCGUACCCAGAUGGCGGAUUCUGGAAGGGCAAGAACUAUGUCUUUGAUAAGCGAUUUGCCCACAAACCAGCCGCUGUGGAAGGCAGCGAGAAACGAGGUGAAGCGACACCCGAGCCCAUGAGCAAGUGCGAAGCUUGUCAAAAGCCAUGGGAUCGCUUCCGUGGAAAGCGACGAUGUCCCACCUGUGGUGUUCCAAGUUUGAUUUGCAAGGAAUGUUUCAUAAAGGCUUCGUCGGAGAAGAAGUUGUUAAAGGGUGUCCGAUGUGAUUUGUGUGUCAAGGAGAACAUCACGUCCAAACAUCAGUUGCGAAACAAGGAACAAUGCGAAAUUGACGAAUACGAACAAAAGUUGGUGGAACGAGGACUCAUCCCUCAACCAGAAGCCAAAGGAGAACGGCUCAAGGUCACCGCAAGCACAGGUAGCGGUAGUAGUAGUGCUGUUGGCAAGGAUGGUUCGAAACGAUCCAAAAAGAAAUACGACAAUCAGCAGGACAGUACAGCAAAGAACGGCGGCAAGGUACCACCCAACCCUGAUAACGUCACACGAUUGUAUCUCAAGAAUAUGUGUCGCAAUUCCAUGAACGAAGAGACACUGUUGGAGUUCUUGCCGGGGAUCACGCACCUCGUUUGGAAAUCCGAGGGCAAGACAGGCAAGUUUCUGGGUCAAGGUUGGGUCGAAAUGGCGACACCGGAGGACGCCGCGAAGGCUGUGGCAAAGAAUGGCCAACGAGUCCUGGGACGGCCCCUCUACAUCAACUAUCAACCCGCUGACUCGAAGGAUGUGUGGCCGCUACCGAGUAGUAGAAUACAGUAG